CUCUCUCUCUCUCUCUCUCUCUCUCUCUCUUCUUCUUCCUACAAAACCCCCCCGUCUCUCUCUUUCUCAUUCAAAGAUCAACAAGCUUCUACUUCAACAAUUACUGUACUUUCUACCAUUCUUUGUCGGCUCUCUCUCUCUCUGUCUGUCUUCUUCUUCAUACAAAAACCCCCGUCUCUCUCUUUCUCCUUCAAAGAACAACAAGCUUCUACUUCAACAAUUACUUACUUUCUACCAUCCCUUGUCGGCGCUUCUAUAAAUUCUUUCCACAAAUUCUUGUCUACUCACUCAUAUCAUUACCAUUAAAGGGGAAAAAAACAAAACAAAUGUGUGGCGGCGCAAUCCUCAAGGGCCUCUUUCCUCGCGACGGCCACCGCAGCGUCUCCGCCUUGGACCUCUGGCCCAACUCCCCCUUCGCCACCAAAUUCAACACCUUCCCCUCCGACCUCAAUUCCAUCUCCCCACAAGUUCCACAACCCAUUUCCAAACGACCCGGUGAGGAGCAACUCGAAAAGCCUGUCAAGAGGCAGCGGAAGAACCUCUACAGGGGAAUCAGGCAGCGUCCGUGGGGAAAAUGGGCAGCUGAGAUCCGAGAUCCUAGAAAAGGUGUGAGGGUUUGGCUUGGCACCUUCAACACCCCCGAAGAAGCUGCAAGAGCCUACGACAAGGCAGCUCGCAAAAUCAGAGGAAAUAAAGCCAAAGUUAACUUCCCCAACGAAGGCGACAAUUACAUUCCACCAACCACUAAGCGUAAUCCCUAUCCUCCUCUGCAUCAAACCCACAACGGGUUUGCUGAUGAUUUGAACCAGUUCGGGACAUGCAACUGUAAUGGGUUCUACGGCGAAGAAUUUUAUGGGUCUGGUUCAGAAAGUGCUUACGAGUCGGUGGGUUCGGGUGAGGUGAAAGUGAAGGAAGAGGAAGAGACGAAGGAGGUAAGAGAAAAGAGCAAAGAACCUUCUUUGAUCGAAGUGGCGGAGGAAGAGGAGGAACAGAACCAAGUGCAGAAACUCUCGGAGGAGCUGAUGGUCUUCGAAUCCUACAUGAAAUUCUACCAAAUUCCUUACCUCGACGGCCAGUCAGCCGCUGCUCUGCCCAUUCCCGCUCAUGAGAGCGUCGCCGGCGGUGACGCCGCCGUGGAACUCUGGAGCUUUGACGACGUUGCUCUCGACGUCGCCUGAAAAUUUCCCUUUUUUUUUUUGUCUUUUGCAUUUUCUUUUCUUUCUUGUUUCUUUAUUUUAGAUUUAUCUGUUGUGUUGUCUGUAAAUUUGGGUAAAUUAAAUGGUUUUGUGGCCAGUCUAGGAAUUAUCAUUAUUAUUAUUAUUUUGUCGUAAAUUGUU